GUAUAUGAACUUUGACCUUUCACCUUCUAGUUUAGAAUGUCCGCCAUUUUGAAAAGUCCGGUAUCACGUUCCUUGCCAUUUGGCGUCAUUUUAACGUCAAUUCAACACCUCAGAAACGGAACAACACUAUCAGCCGACAUGGACGAGAGAAGCAGUACAGGUAGCGAGACUGCUAUGGACGAUCGUCCAGCUAUACACCCUGUUGACGAGACAAUCGGCAGCGAGAUAUUAGACACGGGAAGGCAGCAGAACAACGAAUGGGACAUUCCAUGUGAGGAAAAGUGCGGUGUAGAUCUAGAUUAUGGCCAUUUCCCCGCACAAGGUCGAUCAGAGCAGACGGAUAAGCGUACAGUGAAACGUACUUUGGAAAGACGCUUCGAGUGUACGGAAUGUGACUAUAGGUCAGCCUCAAAGGCUAACCUAGUAAAACACACAAGAACACAUACUGGUGAGAAACCUUACCAAUGUGACCAGUGCGAGUAUUCUGCUGCACAGAAAUGCAAUUUAGACACCCACAUCAUGGCAAAACACACCAAAGAUAAACCCUACAUGUGUGGAGAGUGCGGAUAUAGGACGGCUGAUAGGUCUGUCUUAACCGUACAUAUGAGAAGACAUACAGGUGUGAAACCAUAUGAAUGUGACCAAUGUGACUAUUCUACUGCACAUAAAGGAAACUUAGACCGUCACAAGGCUAAACACACCGGAGAAAAACCCUACAUAUGCGGUGAGUGUGGAUACAGGACUGCUCACAAAUCUAAACUAUCCAUACAUAUUAGAAGGCAUACAGGGGAGAAACCCUAUAAAUGUAACCACUGCGACUAUUCUUCUGUUCGGAAAUCGGAUUUGGAUCGACACAUGCUUAAACACACCGGCGAAAAACCCUUCAUGUGUGGAGAGUGCGGAUACAGGACUGCUGACAGGUCUUCCUUAACCAUACAUAUGAGAAGACAUACGGGCGAGAAACCUUAUAAAUGUGACCUGUGCGACUAUUCUGCAGCAAAGAAGAGCCAUGUAGACCGACAUAUGGCUAAACACAGGGGGACAACCCUACUAGUAUGUGUGUGGUGAGUGCGAAUACAGAACUGAUCGCAGGUUUUACCUAUCCAGACAUAUGAUAAAACAGACUGGUGAGAAACCUUAGAAAUGGGACUAUUCUUUCUGCUACGGACAAAAUAUAUUAUUAAGAAACACUUGGUCAAACUCACUUCAUAUGGAUACAGUUGAUAGACUCAAAUGCACAUCUUAACUAUCCGGAAUGGGCAUGAAAAAGAACAUGUGAAAACUUAAAACACCAUUGUGAUUAGUGCCAAUAUUCUGCUUCAAGAAAAGACUUACACGUGGUCACAAUGGUGCAGAGAUGUUUCGUCACGGGGAUGGAGACUAUAAAGCCAUCUAUUAUCGUGCAUCGAUUGUUUUGCCAUCGUCGUUAUAGUCUGAAUUGUGCGCUAGACCGCUUCCUUUGAGUUUAGGCCUCAAAACUUUUGAACGUUGCUGUUAUGAAGAUAGAUGUUGUAAGUUUCAAUAUUUUGGAAACAGAUGUAUUUAAUAUUAUACGAUGUAUUACUGUUAUGUUGUAAUAACGUUUCAAUGCUGAUAUUAGUAACUGAAAUACUUGCUUAAAUGGCUGGAUUUAAAUUAGUUGGGUCGUGCCGUGCAAUCUUUAGUUUGUUCUAUUCAUAUCCCAGAGGUAUGGGGUUCGAAUCCGUUGUUGUGUCGCCGAUCUUGUGUCCUUGGGAAAUACACAACUUUCCUCACAAUACUCAAGAGUCAAGUAAAAAUGAGUUUUAUUGACUUUACUUUUUUCAUAUGGCUACUUUGUUGGCUUGUGUCUGUUCCAUGGCUUAUUCUGAUCAAUGUAUUGAGAUGAUAGUCGUAAGAAUGAAAUUGAUUGUAUACUUGGCUUAAAUCUUACAUUUAGAAUAAAAUUCCUUUACCUUUUACGGGAAA